AUGCAUUGUAGCGCGCAGUGGUUGCGUGACACCAGCGGCCAGUUUGCACACUUGUACAGGCUGCUUCCGCACGACAAGAACCUCAAGGCUCUUGUCAAGGCCAUCAUCAAUACCGAGGCGCGGUACAUCUCGCAGUUCCCUUACUGCGGCGCGUUCCAGCCUCCGCCCGAGAGCGGACUGAAGCCUACUCUCAAUGACUAUUCGCUCAAUGUUCGAAUUAACCCGCCUGUUGACAACCAGACGGUCUUCGAGUGCAAGUACGAACUCGACUCGCUUGCUGGCUUCCUUAAGAUCUCGAGGUCGUACUAUGCAAACACCAAGGAUGCAAGCUUCAUAAACGACAACUGGCUGGCCGCAAUGGACAAGAUUACCACCGUGCUUCAUGAUCAGUCUCAGAGCAGCUGGAGCGAUGACUUUGACUUUGUCAGCUACUUUAACUGGACCGGCCUGACGGGCUCUCUUUCGCCGCCGGUUCCCAAUGGCGGUAACGGAGAACCGAAGCAGGCAAAUGGCCUCGUCUCCUGCAGCCACCGGCCGUCCGACGAUAUUUGCGUCUUCAACUACAUCACCUCCGAUAAUGCCAUGAUGGCCGUAGAGCUCAGCCACGUCUCCGACCUGCUCAACGCCGUCAAGAAGGAACGCGCGCUUUCGAGCAAGUUGGCGAAAUAUUCUGCCACGAUUAGGAAGGCGGUUUGGCAACACACGCUGACCUCAAACGGCAUCUUUGCCUACGAGACGAACGGGUUCGGCGGGCAGUACAUCAUGGAUGACGCCAACGUGCCCAGCCUCGUCUCGCUACCGUACCUUGGCUUCCUGCCCCGCAACGACUCGACAUACAUCAAGACCAAGAAGGCCAUGUUCUCGCGCGCGAACCCCUACUUUGCUAUCGGCAAGGGCUUCAGCGGCAUUGGUGGGCCGCAUGCCAAUGCAACGCACCCGUGGCCCAUGGCCCAGAUUUCCGGUAUCUACGGCACCGACGACGACGACGAGAUCAAGUCUCGCCUGUCGCUGAUCCUGAAGAGCACGUCCGGACUGGGCCUCAUCCACGAGAGCGUGAAUAUUUACAACGGCAGCGACUUCACCCGCCCGUGGUUCGCCUGGGCGAAUAGCUACUUUGGCGAGAUGAUUCUUGACCUGGCGGAGAGGAAGCCCGGUCUCAUCUUCAAGGACGACAAGCCGUAUAUUGUUGGCAAGUAA